UAGUGAGAGGACCUGAGGACACGCCCACUCCGUACCGGCGGCACGGUGGCGGAUCUAUUCCGAUGAAGGCCUUCAGAAAAUAGCAAAGCGCAUGGCACAGUUGACGCACAGCAGUCAGCUUACAGCUUCACCCUCCAGCACGAUCGACAUAUCGAAAAUUGUGCGCACUGAGUUGCUGAAGGAGACCUGCCACGCGACCCGCUCUGACCUCCAAAAAGAGUUCGCCCAAAUUACGAACGCAGUGGGAUCGAUGAUUGAGGUGUCCCAGAUACGUGUCGACCGCCUCCUACCCCUCGUGCGCGAUGCGCACGAGAAGGAGGCGCUGCUCAAGCGCCAAUUGGAGAUCAAGCGGGCCGACCACUUGGAAAAUUGGACCGACUAUUUCACACUGGUUCUGCCGCAUGAUGUCGAGGAUCAGGACCUACAGUUCUUCGAGGUGGCGAAGGCGAAGGGCGCGGGCCAUCAGAAGCAGAGGCACGACGCCCCUCAACGAACACCCAGGACUUCCCCACAGCCGUGCUACCGUCGCCUCAGGUGUUGUUGCAUCGUGAUGUUGUUGUUCCAGAUCCUGAUGUGGCUGCUGCUGAUGUGGUCUCUGGGACUUAUCGACAUCGGUUGCUCCCUCGUUUCGGCCCCAGUGAUGUGGGCAGCUGUCAGCGGCGAGUGCACACAGAAUGGCACUUGCGUGGCAAGCCCAAAUUUCCCAGGGAAGUACGGGCACAUGCAGAAGUGCGUGUUGGGCAUCAAUUUAGCGUCUGUGGUGCCCAUCCGAGUCGAGCAUUUCCGCACUGAGCAGAGGUAUGAUAAGCUCGUGGUCAAUGGAGUGGAGUAUUCCGGAACUGCUAGCCCAGACGGCGUUAUCCCGACAGCGAGCAUUACGUGGACUUCGGAUGGUGACCAUAGUAACCAAGGGUGGAGGCUGUGCGAGGCCCCAGUCGAGCCAGUCGACGCUGCGCUGGAGCUGGCUCGCGAGCGAGUGACUGCAGCAGAAGUUCUGCGGCAACCGAUGCAGUUCUGCUGCGACCACUUCGACAUUGGCUGCUCCCUCGUGUCGGCCCCAGUGAUGUGGGCAGCUGUCAGCGGCGAGUGCACACAGAAUGGCACUUGCGUGGCAAGCCCCAAUUUCCCAGGGAAGUACGGGCACAUGCAGAAGUGCGUGUUGGGCAUCAAUUUAGCGUCUGUGGUGCCCAUCCGAGUCGAGCAUUUCCGCACUGAGCAUGGGUAUGAUAAGCUCGUGGUCAAUGGAGUGGAGUAUUCCGGAACUGCUAGCCCAGACGGCGUUAUCCCGACAGCGAGCAUUACGUGGACUUCGGAUGGUGACCAUAGUCACCAAGGGUGGAGGCUGUGCGAGGCAUCCUCUCCAGCAUGAGGAAGAAUAGGAAGAGGCACAGGAGCAGGUGGGAGAGGAGACGAGUAGGGGCCCGGUGAUGUGGGCAGCUGUCAGCGGCGAGUGCACACAGAAUGGCUCUUGCGUGGCAAUGGGGGUACCACACGCCCUCUAGGGGCCCAUCAGCAAGUCAGCGAUCUAGCGAGCAAAAGGGCUCGGCGCUGAUGUAUUUUCCUUUAGGCGUCUGCUGUUCGACGCGAGGUUGCCAGUCAGGGUUGCCUCAGCGAGUUGGCCAGCACGAUCAUGGUUUUGGGAGUCACGGCGCUUGCAGCUGGAUCAAAGGAGAGGGCCCCUUGGGCAGGGGCGAUGGCGACAGUGACAUUUGAUUUGCGGGCUUCUCGCGAUACCCAGACAUCCGAUAUCGGCUUGUUUCCACAGCGUGC